GCAAGUACAAAAAAAGUCGUAGAACAUCCGUCCUACAACGAAAUGGUUCGCCAGGCUCUCGUCGCUCUCAAAGAACGCGGCGGAUCGUCCAGGCAGGCCAUACUCAAGUACCUCAUGGCAAACUUCAAGGUCGGAAGCGACGAACACUCCGUCAACACCCACCUCAAAGUAGCCCUGAGGAAUGGCGUCAAGUCGGAAACGCUAAAGCAGUCGAAAGGAUCUGGAGCCUCAGGCAGUUUCCGCCUCGGUGCCGCCAAAGAUACCAACAAAACUGUCGCCAAGCCGAAAAAAGACGUUGUCGCCAUAAAAACCAAAGCGGCUGCCUCGCCAAAAAAAGUUACAAAAGUGGCGGAAGCGACAAACAAACGUCAAAAGUCUGUUGCAAAAAAGGCGGCUCCGGCUAAAAAGGCAACGGCAUCUAGCAGCACAAAGAAGCCAGUCGAAAAGACUUCCAGUGUCAAGAAAGCCGUAAAGAAA